CUUUGUCAAAAAAAAAACAUCUGUACUGUUGAUGCUCAACAGAAUAAUUUGAAAGAAUCAUUUAUGUGAUAGAUUUUAUAAAAGUCUUGUACACGAUUCACAAUAGCCUUUAACGGUGAGGAUAAUUAAAAAUAUAUAUAAAUGUAUAUAAAGUACAUUGUAUUAAUAUCCAUAACAUAUUAUUGUAUUCCAACGGCGAAUUCUUAUGACCAGUAUAAUAUAUUAGACCGUGUACAAUAUGAUGUUUCAUCUUUGUAAAAUAUCCUAGGGAAGUAGAAGAUCUGUUUGAUGAGAUAAGAGAUGUAGAUAAUAAUUUUGUUACUUUCCGUGACAUGUGCAGUUAUUGCGAGGGAGACGAUUUGGAUGAAGUCACAAGAGUGGUAGAAAAAUAUGGAACCAACAACAACGGUGAAUACAGAAUGAAUUUUAAAGCUUUUGUUCAGGCCGCAAACGAAGGUCACAUACCGAAAUUUCCUAAAGCGGUGAUAGAAAAAGUAUUCAUGGAAAUCCUCUCAGGUGCGAACAGAGACUAUAUUACCAUUGAAGACAUGGUCGAAUACUAUGGAGAACUGUAUACUCUUCGACUUGAAAAAAUCUUAAGUGAAUUUGGAAAAAAGCAAAAUGAGGAAUAUCGAUUAACUUUUCCCGACUUUAGGCGAGCCGUUAACAUUGGUGUACUUCCAAAACCGGAGUGAUGAAAAAGAUAAUUAAAUUAAGUUAAAACUGAUUAUAGGUUAAUACUAUGUAUUCGCCAUAAUGGUACAAAACAUUGCAGCAGCUAAUAUGGCGGCGUCUUAUACUUCAUUAGACACUGUCGUUGAAUUCAAUAAACAACACAAAACACUUGGGUAUUAUUUUUUAAAAUAAUAUACAUAAUUACCUAUUGUUA